AUGUCGGAGAUCCAGAGACCUUCCCCGGCCUGUCAUCUGUAUCUUGUUGAAGCCGUUGAUGAUUAUGAAUAUGUGAAGGACGGAGACAUCAUCAUUGGAGGAGUUUUCACUGUGAACCAUUUUAUGACGGGAAUGAAGCAAAGAAAAGAUUAUGUAAACAGUAACAUGUUAUGUCUGAGGCCCUUCCCCCCGUAUUACCGAUAUUUUCUGACUCUCCGUUUCGCCAUCGAUGAAAUCAAUAAAGACCCGACAAUCUUACCGAAUGUGACUCUGGGAUAUCAGAUGUACGAUUCGUGUAAUGACAAUAGGAAAGCUGUGAAAAGCGUCUUACAGAUCUUAUCUGGACCCGGACAGACGGCGCCCAAUUAUUCCUGCAGGAAACGCGGCACGUUAGCCGGAUUUAUUGGGGACCAAAACUCUGAAAGCACAGCGAGGAUAGCACAGCUACUGGCCCUGUAUAGAUACACUCAGCUUUAUUAUUGGAUGAAAAAUCAGAGGAGCUUGAAGGGUGACCUAAUGUUUGAGGAAAACAUGGAACUCGUCACGUCGUUCAAAAUGUUUAGUUGGAGGUCUUUGAACAACGGUUCUCUAUUUGUAAGACAAGUCGGCAAAAUCGACAUAAAUGGAUCCCAGCAGAGUUUCCUGAUCAGGGAAGAGGACAUUGUGUGGAAAAGUGGAAUCAAUAAGCUUUAUUAUUGGAUGAAAAAUCAGAGGAGCUUGAAGGGUGACCUAAUGUUUGAGGAAAACAUGGAACUCGUCACGUCGUUCAAAAUGUUUAGUUGGAGGUCUUUGAACAACGGUUCUCUAUUUGUAAGACAAGUCGGCAAAAUCGACAUAAAUGGAUCCCAGCAGAGUUUCCUGAUCAGGGAAGAGGACAUUGUGUGGAAAAGUGGAAUCAAUAAGGUUCCGAAGUCUCAAUGUUCAGAGAACUGUUUGCCAGGAACCAGGAAAGUCCCGAGGUCCAUAAUCCACUCCUGCUGCUAUGACUGUGUCCAGUGCUCGGAGGGGGAGAUAUCCAAUGUCAGCGACAGUGAAAACUGCCAGCAAUGCAGAUAUGAUGAAUGGCCCAAUGAGAAGAAGGAUCGGUGUGUCCUGAAACUGCUGGAUUUCCUGUCUUACUCUGACCUUAUAGGAGUGAUCUUUGCCUCGUCCUCCUCCAUUCUGUGCGCUAUGACUGGACUGAUAUUAUUGGUUGUUAUCUCACACCAAGACACGGCCAUUGUAAAAGCCAACAACAGGAACCUGAGCUUCACCCUUCUGGUCUCCAUCAUGCUGAGCUGCCUCUGUGUAUUCUUCUUCCUCGGACGUCCUGGUGACAUCACCUGCUUGUUACGCCAAAUCUCAUUCGGAAUCCUCUUCACGAUUGCCAUCUCUUGUGUCCUUGGGAAAACCAUCAUGGUUUGUGCCGCGUUUAAGGCCACCAAACCUGGCAGUCUGUGGAAACACUGGAUCGGGCCAAAACUUUCUACCUGUAUAGUCAUCUUAUGUUCCUCCAUUCAAGUUAUAAUCUCUAUCAUCUGGUUGUCUAUCUCUCCUCCCUUCCAGGAUCUGGACACCAAUUCUUAUCAGGACCAGAUCAUUGUUCGGUGUAAUGAAGGGUCAGUUAUGGGGUUUUAUUCUGUUCUUGGUUACAUGGGGUUUCUGGCAGCUGUGAGUUUUGUUCUGGCUUUCAUAGUGAGGACAUUACCGGACAGUUUUAAUGAGGCCAAGUACAUCACCUUCAGCAUGCUGGUGUUCUGCAGCGUGUGGAUUGCCAUGAUCCCGGCCUAUCUGAGCACCAGAGGGAAGUACAUGGUGGCUGUGGAGAUCUUCGCCAUACUGAGCUCCAGUGCCGGAGUCUUAGGGUGCAUAUUCCUUCCGAAAUGUUACAUCAUCUUAUGGAGACCGGAACUGAACUCUAAAACGUAUUUAAUGGAGAGACGAUCGCAAUAA